AUGUUACGGAAGCGGAGCUCCCUCACUCUCGAUUUCCGCUUCGGAAGCGGAGCCAGAAGUAGUGAAGGAAGGUCAGUUGAGCCCCCCGAGGAGUUGGACGUGGUGAUCAUUGGAGCAGGACUGGCGGGGCUGCGGGCAGCAGUGGCACUGCAGGAAGCGGGGGACGGGCAGCCCCCCGAGGAGCUGGAUGUGGUGAUAGUUGGAGCAGGGCUGGCGUGGCUGCGAAGCAGUGGCUCUGCAGGAAGCGGGGGACGGGCGUUGAUCCUUUCACCUUCCCUGUUCCACACGCACAGAGCCCCCCGAGGAGCUGGACGUGGUGGUGAUUGGAGCAGGGCUGGCGGGGCUGUGAGCAGCAGUGGCUCUGCAGGAAACGGGAGACGGGCGGGCGUUAAUCCUCUCACUUUCCCUCUCCAUUGCACACCCUCAGAGACCCCCGAGGAUCUGGACGUGGUGAUAGUCGGAGCGGGGCUGGCAGGGCUGCCAGCAGCACUAGCGCUACAGGAUGCGGGCGUGCCCUGGCUGGCGGGGUUGCGAGCAGCAGUGGCUCUGCAGAAGGCGGGGGUGCCGUGUGUGGUGACUUUUGAGGCGCCUCAAAUGUGUGGUGCUGGAGGCUUCAGAUGGGCGUUAAUCCUUGCACUCAUUGACUUCUUCUCACUUUCCUUCUCCUACCAUUCCACACCAACAGAGCCCCCCGAGGAGCUGGAUGUGGUGGUCGUUGGAGCAGGGCUAGCAGGGCUGCGAGCAGCAGUGGCACUGCAGGAUCCCCCCGAGGAGCUGGACGUGGUGAUCAUUGGAGCAGGGCUGGCGGGGCUGCGAGCAGCAGUGGCUCUGCAGGAGGGGGGGGUGGCGUUUGUGCCCCCCGAGGAGCUGGACGUGGUGAUCAUUGGAGCAGGGCUGGCGGGGCUGCGAGCAGCAGUGGCUCUGCAGGAGGGGGGGGUGGCGUUUGUGCCCCCCGAGGAGCUGGACGUGGUGAUCAUUGGAGCAGGGCUGGCGGGGCUGCGGGCAGCAGUGGCUCUGCAGGAGGCGGGCGUGCCCUGUGUGGUGCUGGAGGCGUCAGACGGCGUGGGAGGGCGCGUGCGCACCGACCAAGUGGACGGGUUCCUGCUCGACCGUGGCUUCCAGAUCUUCCUCUCAGCCUACCCCGAGGCACAGCAGGUGAUGGACUACGAGGCGCUGGACCUGCGGCCUUUCUACUCGGGCGCUCUCGUGUGGUUUGGCGGCUCUUUCCACAGGGUGGCAGACCCCUUCCGCCACACCUCCGAUGGCCUCUCUUCCCUCUUCAACCCCAUCGGUUCCUUUUUUGACAAACUGCGCGUGGGACUGCUGCGCCUGAAGACUGUGACCACACCUGUUGAGGGCAUUCUCUCGGCGCCGGAGAGCAGCAUCGAGGAGGCUUUGAAGAAGAAAGGGUUCUCCAAUGAGAUGAUUGACCGCUUCUUCCGGCCCUUCCUCGGAGGGAUCUUCUUUGACAACGACCUCACCACUUCAUCUAGGCUAAUGGAGUUUGUGCUUCGCAUGCUCGCCCUCGCACCCAACACCCUCCCCUCAUCCGGCAUCGGAGCCCUCGCCUCUCACCUCACCUCUCGCCUCCCCUCCGACUCCAUCCGCCUCAACUCCCCCGUCUCCUUCCCCUGCUGCUCCCACUGA